AUGGCACUCGACAUUGCGGGCAGGAGAAAGCGAAAGCUGGAGGAUUGCAAUGUAUCCAAAUUGACGGAUAUCCUGAGCGGUUCGACAUCCCCGAGGAAGCGAAUGAAGGCUGAAAAGGAAGCAGCAGAGCAAAAGAUGGAAUGCCAUGGAGGCGCUGGACUACUCAACUGCCCUGGCGAAAUUAUCGAUCAUAUCGCCCAAUUCCUACCGCGAAACAGCUUCCUCGCUCUUCGAGUCACCUGCACAGACCUACAACAGAAGACGAACUACCACUUCACGCGACGUCAUCUUAAAGAGAAGCACUUUGUGCUGAACUUCGACAAGUCACGUGCAGGCCUAAUCGCACUCGUCGAACUCGCCAGCAAUGCCUCCUUUGCGAAACGUGUCCAAAAGGUGGUCAUUGGCAUGUCCUUCAGCUGCGCUCCGUGCGCGGUCUACCGCAGCACUCCUGGUUCUUAUCGAUACAAUACUGGAAACUUGGACUGGCCGGCGUAUUUUGUUGACCCUCCACCGCAACAAUGGGGAAACGAGGGUGAUCUCGCCGUCGCUCUGAGUAUAUUGUUCGCGUCCUUGGCCGCACUGCCUGCUCUGGAAGUUGUCGAGCUGGUUGAUGCGCCUUACCACGCAGAGGGCACCCUCCUCCGUGCCAGAGACUCCAUUCCGCCCCGACAUGCGAAGCCAUUCGUCGACCUGUCGUGGUGCAACCGUUGCAAGAAGCCUUCGAUCUUUGGCCAAUGCAUCCACAAGACCAUUCUCUGCAGAGCCGUGGCACAUAUGACAGAAUUCAAAGUAGAUAUACUUGACGACACACAUGCGCUUGGACUCUCGAGUCUCGUGCAAGAUAUCACUGCCGCCUGGCCUGGCCACAACGGCAGGCGCCUUCAGCUACGCUCACUACGCAAGAUCUACUCUUGCGGUGAGAACGACUCGUUGUAUCGAUACGAUCGCUAUUACUGGAGCCUGUGGCAGGAUCUCAUCAAGUACUCGCCGCAGCUGAACGACCUCAGCCUAAAUGGAAGCACCAUCCCAGCUUCCAACACGUGUGUCGAAUGCUGGUCCCUAGCCCACAUCCCGUCCGGCAUGUUGACUUCGUUGUCCCUUCAUGGCCUCAACAUCUGCCCAGACAGGUUAUCCGCCUUAUUCGAAGCAAAAGCCGCCUCGCUACACUACGUCAGCUUAGAUGGCGUUAUGCUCACUCGAACAGCUCUUACAUAUAGAUCAGUUGACAUGACUUUCGUCCUCAAAGUACUGGCGCGAUACGGGAAGAAAUUGGAGUACAUUUUCGUUCGCGCGAUCUUCAACAGGAAGAACGUACCUUACGUCUUCGGCAACGAGGAGUCAGCUAAUAAGCUACGAGCCUAUCUCUUUCAUGAAAACGAAUAUACCAGGGAUGGCAAUAUCUCUGUUUGGCGCUUUAAUAGGCCUGACAUGCCUGGUACGGAUAUCUUGCGAGACACAAAUGGCUGGCAGUUCGAGGGGGAAGAGGUGCAGGCGGGGCUCGUUUUCCUGCAUGAGAAUGGUCGACUGGCCCCUAGGAAUUGGUUUUAG